CUGAGAUCACGCCACUGCAUUCCAGCCAGGACAACAGAGUGAGACUCCAUCUCGGGGGGGAAAAAAAGUUGUUAUAGAUCCCCACACUAAGGACUAAGAAAUUCUAUUAUAAUCCUGCAUUUCUUUGGGGGCAUUAGCUUGUAACCCUAAACAAAUUAUUCAGGCCUUCUAAAAAUACCUUCUCACAUUUGAAAAAUGGGGACAACAAUAUUUGCCCUGCCUAUCUCAUAAGCAUGUUGUGAGGAUAAAAUGAGACAGUGACUAUGAAAAUACUUGGAAAAUUCUUUAUCAUGAUACAAAUAUAAAGUGUUAUUUAACAUUCAUGGACUUACGCAUUUGUAGCUGUCUGACAUGGUAUAUUUUGUGUUAGCUAAGAUACACCAUUUAGUUUAUCUACUGUGUUAGAUGCUCUUCUGUGCAUGGGAAAUACAGCUUUUCUCGAGAAACUUGAUUUACUAGCAAAACAAAGAGCCAAGAUAAUUAGAGCUGGGUGGUGUGUGUCAUUCUAGUCCUCUGAUUUGUUGCUAGUCUCAGCAGGUAAGGGAGGUAUAGAGAUGACUUGAGAUGUUAUAGAAACUAUAGCCAUUGGUGGAGUAACAGACCUGAUUGUAUAGCAACAAGUGAUCUAUGUUAUUAUAAAUGUCAUUCCAUCUUUAUUCUGCUGAGGCACUCACAACUAAAUUUAAAGUGUACCGUUUUCCUAGCAAUUUCUCUUUGAAAAUGGAGGGUGAAAAACACAAGUAUAAUAUUAAGCAGAAACAACUUUAGUCAUCUGGAAAACGUUUGCAAUAUAAGUGAUAUUUGCUUUCAAGAAAGAGUAGGCUUAUAUCAUUGUUUUCCAGCCAAUUUUAAGACUUAGAGUUUUAAAAUAUAGUCGUUUCAUUAUGGUGAUGGUAGUGGUGGUGGUGGCAAUAAUGACAGAACAUUUCAGAAUGAUGUGCCUUAAAAAAAUUCUACCCACCAAUGCAAAAGUUAGCACUAUGUCACCAGUCUAAGACAUACACCUGUACAUAUUCAGCCACCGGUUUUAGGAGCUGCCUAUAUUCUGGGUGGAGACCUUGUGCUUCUCACAUUUAGCAGUUGUAUUAAUGAAGGUUCUCCAGAGAAACAGAAACAAUAGAUUGUGUUUAUAUUUUACGUAUUAUUUAUUUUUCAUACAUUUUAUAUAUGAAAUUAUGUGUAAUAUAUGAAUACAUAUAUUUCCACACUAUGUAUGUAUAUAGUGAAGACUGCAAUCUGAAAUCUGCGGGGCAGGCCAGGAAGCUGAGAACUUAGGCAGGGAUUCUACAUUGUAGUCUUGAGGCAGAAUUGCUUCUUCUUACAAAACCUGUGUUUGCUCUCAAAGCCCUUGACUGAUUGGGUAAGACCCCCACACAUUGUGGAGGGUAAUGUGCGGUACUCAGAGUCUACUGAUGUAAAUGCUAAUCAUGUCUAAAUGUCUUCAUAGCAAUGUCUAUACUGGUGUUUGACCAAACUACUGGGUACCAUAACCUAUCGAAGUUGAUACAUACAAUUAACCGCCGCAGCUGACUUUGGCCUUCAAAGUUCAGUCAAUGAUUAAGAUUACCCAGAGCCUAUCCACACCAUGUAGAUAAUUACAUUAUUUUCCGUGUAGAUGAUCAGUAACCAACAGCUCAGAAUGUGGGGUUCUUAGCUUCAAUCUGUUUCACUCCAGAAUAUGCAAUUCUAUGUAGGACGUGCAUGGAUUCUUUCCAGAUGAGGGCUGCCGUGUCCCUCCGGUUCUUCUACUCUUAAGGUUAGGGUUAACACUCCUGUUUGGUAUUUGCUGGACUGAGGAAUUACGUUUUAUAGCAAGUUGCCCGAUUUCCCAUGCAACUGCUGUAAUAGCAGUAUAGAUCCUAUGUUCAGACCUCAGCCAGCAGUGCAAACUGUUCAGCCUCCCUAGAAUUUAAACUCAGACUAGAGUGCUAGGAAGUGCAUGUGAUUCUCUUACCUUACUUUUCCUUGGCUGAGACCCUCUCUGUAAAUUUUUCAAACGUCAUUCCUUCUUGUCCACCUGCAGUGCUUUUUGAUAUUUCUUUAUAAGUGGCAGCUGGAUCAACUUCAACAACAACAAUAACAAAAAUCCUGAAAGAAAGUGUCAGGCAUUCAGAGUGCCUGUGGUGACACCAUCCAUCUAUCCAUCCUGGCUUCUCUCUGGUGUCUCUUGGUACUUACUUUGUGCCCAGGACAAGCUCAGGAGCCCCAGAAGAACUGUGUAGUUAUGGUCCAUGCCCUCUGGAAAGUUAAAAUCUAGUUAGGGGACAUGGAACUAAUGCUUAUAGUGAAGCUUAUCAAAGAGAAGACAUUUAUCUGGCCAAAUACUUGGAGCUCAUUAUUUUAUAUGUUAAUAAUCAGAGGAGCUUUUCUUAUUUCCAGGAAGUUGUAGGCCACAGGCAUGAACAAUUAGAUCUCAUUGAUUAGCCUAUUAGAAGGGAUUCAUUCUUUGAGUUAUUAGACCCCACACUUAAUCCCAGAAAGAAAGCUGAAGUCAUUUGAAGGCAGAGUAAAACAGGACUCCUCCUUAUUUAAAAGAAAAAGAUGUUAAGGGAAUAUUGACUGAAGUCUGUAAAAUCUUAAAGGAGAUAGGUUAUACAAAACCAAAAUAACAUCAUAAUUGUAUUACUAAAUUUCCAAUUAUUGUACACAUUUGAAAACACAAUGCUGUUUCAUUCUAGUCAAAUAUAAUUCAAUAAAUUCCCAUAAUUCUAUUUUGUUGUGUUUUAAUUGAUUAAAUAUGUUUAGAAAAUUCUAAUCGAAAACAGAUGUAUCUUAAGCAGUUUUUUUAAAACAAAGUAUAUGUUUUACAUAUUUGCUUUUACUUAGGAAAAAAAAACUUACUUAGAAAAAUACAACUUGGGUGUAGUAGCAUGUGGUAUAAACAACAGAACUAUUUUACCUUUUACUUUCCUAUGAAUGAGCCAGUAUAUAUUUAUUACUGGAGUUCCAGCUAUAAAAUUUAGGUAAGGGGUUUUAAUAUACCCUAGAGUAUUAUUUUAAAAUAUAUUUGUUUCUUUCAAAUAGAAUACCAACCUUGGUCUAUGGCAUUUGGGAGAGAAAUUAAAAUAUUAAAUUUUUAUUACCCAGUAAACUGAAAAUAAAGGUUAAAUAAAUACAAAGCAGAAAAAAUAUAUACAAAAUCACAACCUCUAAAAGGACAAACAGUCCACUGUUCUCUACUGUGGAAGCUUUAUCAGCACUGCUGAGUAAUUCCACCUCUAGGGCAGGGCUAGCUCUCAAAAAUGUAAACAAGUAUGUACUUUGUUUAUAUAAAGAAAUGUACAGCUUGGUUUGUAUUUCUUUAUAGAUAUCAAACAGCUAAAUGGAUUGUUUCAAAGCACCAGCAGGGGCCAGCAAAGAGCUCUUAGAGUUUUUCAGAACAGAAUUGGCAUUGAGAUAUGUUUAUUUGAUGUGUUAAAUCCUUUUUAGACUUCUUUACUUACCACAACACUCUCUUAAGUGAAUGAAUUGCAGAGACAGUGGAAUAAAAUAUGCUAUGUGUUCAAACUAUCUUGGGGUAUAGUUUUUUUUUUUUCUAAUCUGCAUAUAUUUUUAUUGGAAUGUUUGCUUAGGCUAUUUCUUGGCAGAGUUUUAAUAGUCAAAAUAUAAAUGGCAUCAUUUAAAGACUGUUCUACUUGGCUGGAAAAGGCCUUAAAAUUACAGGAGAAAAUGCUUAGUGACAGCUUCUCUUAUUUUUUUCUCGAACCUAUGCUUCAGUUUUGCAAUGGUAUUACUAGGUUAAUUUUGUAGUUCUGUCCUUAAGCUUUCACUUUUUAUGUAAUCAGCACUUUAGAAGCUAAAAUAUGUAUCUGUUUGAUGUAGUGCUAAAGUUUUAAUUCAUCCUAAAAUUUUGGUAUUUCCAAAUUUACGGAACUGUUUGAAUUCACAAAUUAAAAAAAAAAAAGAACAGUCCCUCUAUUAACUAACUUGACUAGAUUCCUAGUAUGACUACUAUUUGGAAAUUCAAUCUUUGAUUUGAUACUUAAUUACAUGGGGUUUCGUUCCUACCAACUUCCUGUAAUUCUAUACCUAUGGGUAAAAAUAUUAGUGGUCAAAGUUGGCUGGAGAAAGUAUAGGCACUGCGAUUCACAUAGUUAAAUGUUCAUUUAGUAGAGCUGGGGUGAAAAAAUACUGUUUCAACAUGAAAUGUUAGAAGAUUGUUGUUCUUGUGUUACUCAUUCAUGCAAAUUGGAGAAGGUAUAAUUGAAACAAGGUUGGCUGUGUUUGAGUCAGUGUGCUGCAGCUGAGCUCAGCUUAAAGGUCGCUGGAAAUCAAGUGCUUUGUAAGUGAAGGCAUUUUGACUACAAGCGAUUCAAGACAUUUUGGAAACGUCAGUCUCUGGAAUGGGUCGUCUUUUUCUUUCUGUGAUAUCUGGUAUCUAAUGUUUUACUUAGGAUAAAGACUACUACUUAAUAGCUCUUUUAGGCACCGCAAAUGAUUUUUUCUUUUGAUGCAGUGCAGCUGCUUCUAGCCUGUCUACGGACAGAGAUCUUUGUUAUGACUUUCAGCCCUUAACAUGUUUGGAAAUGAGAACAAAUGGCACAAAGCUUACGAUUGCACUUUGCAGCCAGAAGAAGCAAUACUUACCCUUUGUCAGAAACCUCCGGAGAUGACUUGGAUAGCCAUGUUCACAUGUGCUUCAAGAGACCAACACGGAUUUCAGCGUCUAACGUUGUUCAAAUGAAGCUGACUCCCAGACAGACUGCACUAGCUCCGUUAAUAAAGGAAAACGUUCAGUCUCAAGAAAGAUCGUCUGUUCCCUCAUCUGAAAAUGUUAAUAAAAAGAGCAGCUGUCUACAGAUUUCACUACAGCCAACAAGGUACAGUGGAUAUCUUCAGUCUAGCAAUGUCUUAGCUGAUAGUGAUGAUGCUUCAUUUACUGGUAUCUUGAAGAAUGGUAUUUACAGCAGUGCUGUGGUCGAUAGUGAAUUGAAUGCAGUGAAUGAUGGUAACCUUGUAAGCAGUCCAGCCAUUUGUAGUGGUAGCCUUAGUAACUUUUCAACCAGUGAUAAUGGAUCUUACAGCAGCAACGGUAGUGAUUUCGGGUCAUGUGCAAGUAUCACAAGUGGAGGUUCAUACACUAACAGUGUCAUCAGUGACAGUAGUAGUUAUACGUUGCCACCAAGUGAUGAUACUUUUUUGGGUGGAAACUUACCUUCUGACAGCACCUCCAGUGGAAUUGUGCCAAACAGGAAUACUACUCCAUGUGAAAUUUUUUCGAGAAGUACAAGUACAGAUCCUUUUGUCCAGGAUGACUUGGAACAUGGGUUAGAGAUUAUGAAAUUGCCAGUGAGCAGGAACACAAAAAUUCCACUAAAACGUUGCUCCUCCUUAGUCAUUUUUCCUAGGAGUCCUUCAAAUACCCCACCGACUUCUCCAACAAGUCCAUGUACUCUUCUGAGCAAAGGAUCCUAUCAAACUUCACACCAGUUUAUUAUUUCUCCUAGUGAAAUUGCACAUAAUGAGGAUGGCACUGGUGCUAAAGGAUUUCUUUCAACAGCUGUCAAUGGACUUCGGUUAUCUAAAACAAUUUGUACCCCUGGAGAAGUAAGAGACAUACGGCCACUUCACAGGAAGGGCUCGUUACAGAAGAAAAUUGUUCUUUCGAAUAAUACUCCCAAACAGACUGUCUGUGAAAAGUCAUCUGAAGGAUAUUCUUGUGUUUCAGUGCAUUUCACCCAACAAAAAACAACUACAUUAGAUUGUGAAACAACAAAUGGUGAUUGUAAACCAGAAAUGUCAAAAAUUAAGCUUAAUUCUGAUUCAGAGUAUAUUAAGCUCACACAUAGGACAUCUGCAUGUUUGCCAUCCUCCCAAAAUGUAGAUUAUCAAAUAAAUAUCAGUGGAGAAUUGGAAAGACCAAAUUCACAGAUGAACAAAAACCAUGGUAUUUUACAAAGAAGUAUUUCAUUGGGAGGAGCUUAUCCAAAUAUUUCCUGUCUAUCCAGCCUUAAGCACAAUUGCUCUAAAGGGGGACCAUCUCAGUUACUCAUAAAGUUUGCAUCUGGAAAGGAAGGUAAAGUGGAUAAUUUAUCAAGAGACAGCAACAGAGAUUGCACAAAUGAACUGUCUAAUUCUUGCAAGACAAGAGAUGAUUUCCUAGGUCAAGUGGAUGUUCCACUUUAUCCAUUACCGACAGAAAAUCCAAGAUUGGAGAGACCAUAUACAUUUAAGGAUUUUAUUCUUCACCCAAGAAGUCACAAAUCAAGAGUUAAAGGUUAUCUGAGACUAAAAAUGACUUAUUUGCCUAAAACCAGUGGCUCAGAAGAUGAUAAUGCAGAACAGGCUGAGGAAUUAGAGCCUGGCUGGGUUGUUUUGGACCAACCAGAUGCUGCUUGCCAUUUGCAGCAACAACAGGAACCUUCUCCUCUACCUCCAGGGUGGGAAGAGAGGCAGGAUAUCCUUGGAAGGACCUACUAUGUAAACCAUGAAUCUAGAAGAACACAGUGGAAAAGACCAACCCCUCAGGACAACCUAACAGAUGCUGAGAAUGGCAACAUUCAACUGCAAGCACAACGUGCAUUUACCACCAGGCGGCAAAUAUCCGAGGAAACAGAAAGUGUUGAUAACCGAGAGUCUUCCGAGAACUGGGAAAUUAUAAGAGAAGAUGAAGCCACCAUGUAUAGUAGCCAGGCCUUCCCAUCACCUCCACCAUCAAGUAACUUGGAUGUUCCAACUCAUCUUGCAGAAGAAUUGAAUGCCAGACUCACCAUUUUCGGAAAUUCAGCCACAAGCCAGUCAGCAUCCAGCUCAAAUCAUUCCAGCAGAAGAGGCAGCUUACAAGCCUAUACUUUUGAGGAACAACCUGCACUUCCUGUGCUUUUGCCUACUUCAUCUGGAUUACCACCAGGUUGGGAAGAAAAACAAGAUGAAAGAGGAAGAUCAUAUUAUGUAGAUCACAAUUCCAGAACGACUACUUGGACAAAGCCCACUGUACAGGCCACAGUGGAGACCAGUCAGCUGACAUCAAGCCAGAGUUCUGCGGGCCCUCAGUCACAAGCCUCCACCAGUGAUUCAAGCCAGCAGGUGACCCAGCCAUCUGAAAUGGAGCAAGGAUUCCUUCCUAAAGGCUGGGAAGUCCGACAUGCGCCAAAUGGGAGGCCUUUCUUUAUUGACCACAACACUAAAACCACCACCUGGGAAGAUCCAAGAUUGAAAAUUCCAGCCCAUCUGAGAGGAAAGACAUCACUUGAUACUUCCAGUGAUCUAGGGCCUUUACCUCCAGGAUGGGAAGAGAGAACUCACACAGAUGGAAGAAUCUUCUACAUAAAUCACAAUAUAAAAAGAACACAAUGGGAAGAUCCUCGGUUGCAGAAUGUAGCAAUAACUGGACCAGCAGUGCCCUACUCCAGGGAUUACAAAAGAAAGUAUGAGUUCUUCCGAAGAAAGUUGAAGAAGCAGAAUGACAUUCCAAACAAAUUUGAAAUGAAACUUCGCCGAGCAACUGUUCUUGAGGACUCUUACCGGAGAAUUAUGGGUGUCAAGAGGGCAGACUUCCUCAAGGCUCGACUGUGGAUUGAGUUUGAUGGUGAAAAGGGAUUGGAUUAUGGAGGAGUCGCCAGAGAAUGGUUCUUUCUGAUCUCAAAGGAAAUGUUUAACCCUUAUUAUGGGUUGUUUGAAUAUUCUGCUACGGACAAUUAUACCCUACAGAUAAAUCCAAACUCUGGAUUGUGUAAUGAAGAUCACCUCUCUUACUUCAAGUUUAUUGGUCGGGUAGCUGGAAUGGCAGUUUAUCAUGGCAAACUGUUGGAUGGUUUUUUCAUCCGCCCAUUUUACAAGAUGAUGCUUCACAAACCAAUAACCCUUCAUGAUAUGGAAUCUGUGGAUAGUGAAUAUUACAAUUCCCUAAGAUGGAUUCUUGAAAAUGACCCAACAGAAUUGGACCUCAGGUUUAUCAUAGACGAAGAACUUUUCGGACAGACACACCAACAUGAGCUGAAAAAUGGUGGAUCAGAAAUAGUUGUCACCAAUAAGAACAAAAAGGAAUAUAUUUAUCUUGUAAUACAAUGGCGAUUUGUAAACCGAAUCCAGAAGCAAAUGGCUGCUUUUAAAGAGGGAUUCUUUGAACUAAUACCACAGGAUCUCAUCAAAAUUUUUGAUGAAAAUGAACUAGAGCUUCUUAUGUGUGGACUGGGAGAUGUCGAUGUGAAUGACUGGAGGGAACAUACAAAGUAUAAAAAUGGCUACAGUGCAAAUCAUCAGGUUAUACAGUGGUUUUGGAAGGCUGUUUUAAUGAUGGAUUCAGAAAAAAGAAUAAGAUUACUUCAGUUUGUCACUGGCACAUCUCGGGUGCCUAUGAAUGGAUUUGCUGAACUAUAUGGUUCAAACGGACCACAGUCAUUUACAGUUGAACAGUGGGGUACUCCUGAAAAGCUGCCAAGAGCUCAUACCUGUUUUAAUCGCCUGGACCUGCCACCUUAUGAAUCAUUUGAAGAAUUAUGGGAUAAACUUCAGAUGGCAAUUGAAAACACACAGGGCUUUGAUGGAGUUGAUUAGAUCACAAAUAACAAUCUAUAGUGUUUUCACUGCCAUAGUUUUAUAACCAAAAUCUUGACUUAAAAUUUUCCAGGGAACUACUAAAACGUGGCCACUGAUUCUUCCCAGAUCUUGAAGAAAAUCAUAUAAAAAGCAUUUGAAGAAAUAGUAUGACAACUUAUUUUCAAUCACUUUUAAAUAAUGUGUUGCAUUUACACAGUUGUUUCAUUCUGUCCUUAGAGUUAGGUGCCUGCCUAAAGCCAGGUACCACCACGCCUGGCUUUAAAGUUCACGCAGUAGGAUAUAAGUCCUGUAUGACUUAAAUAGUGAAUUUUGUCCUUAACAUUUACCUCUUGUAUAGUAUCUGCCAGGCAGUUUUUUCUUAAACUACUGAGAUGAUAACUGUGAAAUAUUUGUGAUAAGUGUCAUGUGUGAAAAGUUUGAUGCAUUUUGAGAUGGAAAACUGAAAUUUGAAAAAAGAAAUACUUUACUAUUGAGUAAACUACAAUAUAUUUAGUGCUACUCGCAGCUAUUUAUUAUUUUGUACACCUGCCUUACGCACCUUACUGCCUAGAUUUUUGGAAAAAAACCUUGGAAAGUGUGUUACCUAUAUUUCCAGCCAACUCACAGAAAAACUGUUUACUUCUUCACUUUCAAAGUAUUUGGCUUUUGUUAAUAUGCAGUUUUUACUAAACAGGUGGUUCAUAAGACAUGUGAAGCAAAUCCAUAUUUGCAAUGGGUAAAAAAAGUAUUAAAGCCUUUUUCUCUUGCCUGCAUAUCCUCUUGACCAUUGGCAUAGUCAUCAAUUUUUCAUUUCAGUGUAGUUAGAAGAAUUCCUUCUUCAAACAUUAAAGAUCCACAGAGCAGUAUUUCUAAGUAUGCCUUGAAGAACUAAAUGAAGUGGAUAGCACUUGCCUUUACUAGACAUUCUUUACGCUUGUACAAUUAUGUAGUAAAUGUAUGUUUACAGGGUUUAUUAUGUUUACAGAUUAAGCUAAUUUCUGUAGUCGCAUUUUUAUAUUUUUAGUAUCACUCUAGUAAAAAAAAAAACCAAAUGAUUUGUUUAAAGUAACCAAAGAGUUGUUAUAAUGCAUAAUUUGUAUUAAAUGUAUUACUAUUUCUUAUGGCUUUUAAAAAUACUGUUUACUAUGAAGACAAUGUUUUUAUUACAAAUCCAGAACUCUCUUGGCAAAAUGCUACAGUUCGCAUCUUCCUUUAACCAAACUCAAGUACGUAAAGACCAUGUACAUGUGUUCAUCAAAUAUUUAUUGAAUGCUGCGUGCAUAGCGCUGUGCUGUGCUCUGGGGUAAGAGUUGUCAGCUUCAGAGAAGCUGAGUCCUGAUCCUCAAGGAAUUUGCAAAUGUGUCGAUGAAUUUGUAAAACAAUCAAAAGUAGGGGUAAGCAGAAUAAGGCAAAAGGGAAAGUGUUCUAGGUUCCAGCACACCUGCAAAGAUAAAGUAUGCCAAGACUGUAUUUAUAUUUCAUACUUACAUUGUUUCAUCCUUACAUUGGAAUGAUUAUAUAGAAAAUGCUCUUAAAAAGAUUAAACCCAUUUCUCAGUAUGGUAUCUUGGUGAUUUAGGAAUAAUUGUAAAUAUAUGUUGUGAAUCUUCUUAAAUAUAUAUAUACACCCUGUGAGAACUGUAAAAAGUACCUUGGUUCUUGGUUUAAGUUUGUUGGGGUAUAACAUGAUGAGUACUCAUUAGCACCUGAUAGAAAUCUGAAAUACGACAGUAGCAAAACCACUUUCUGCUUUCCAAACACCACAUCAUCAGCAUGGUUUAGGGGAAGCAAUUCACAGAUUAACGUACCCUGCGUUUUGUCUUCACCAUUGUCAACCAGCAGUCAAGGAUGAGCGCCAGGUAUAGUCCUGGUUUGAUCUCUCACCAGCCAUGUGAACUGAAGCAGCUUACUUAACCUCUCUGGAUUCAUAUUUCUUCGUCUGUCAAAUGAGAAUAAUCAUGCCCACCCUCAAUGUCAUGCCAGAUUGUCAUAAGUUCCAGACAGAUGAGAAAGCAAAAAGUACUUUGUAAAGUGUUAUACAAUCAGAAGGUGCUUUGUGCUGACCGUCAGAUUGUGUCAAGUCAGGUGUGCAAAUUGACCACACUCCCAAAGAAUCAUUUAAAAGUAAAGUGACUUCUAAGAGACAAGGAAGUAGGAGCAUAUCUGAUAUUAAAUAUAUAAAUAAAUAUAGAUACACAUGUGUAUAUCUGUAUAUGGAUCUUACCAUCAUAAUUCAUUUUCUUCAUAUCAGCAAAGUAAUAGUAAUGUGGGCCAAUGCAUUUUGGAAAUGUCCUCAUUAUGUAGAAUGGAAUGUGAAAAUUAUUUUUGUUUAAAAAGGAUUUUGCUGCAAUUAUUUAAAUAUUAUGUUUGUGAAGUAUCUAAGCAUGAGAAAUACAAAGCUUUCUUUUUAUCUGGCUGAUACUCAUUUGGAUGAUUCUGUGACUCAUAGAACACGGUGUUAAUGAGACCAGACUCACUGCCACCAGUCCCCAGCUGCAGACCUUCAUCCCCUUCCUCUCCCACUGGGGGCUCAUGGUCCAGAAGGAAUGUGUAUCAAGCAACACAGGCCCUUAUCCCAUAUAGAAAAGUGUCUCAAAUGCAUUCUACUGCUGGACAGUCAGUAGGAUCAUUUUCAUAAAGCAAGGACAUCAUGUGUUUCUAGAAAUUAUAAGCAUAUAACUUUAACCUACAAUCUCUAAUUAAAAAAUUGUAACAUAAAAUUGUAUUACAAAUACAUUUCAUCAGAACUCAAAUUUAAAUGGUGUUUGUGUUAGGUUUUUAUUUAUAAUACUGAAGUUAUUCCAUAUAAGUAUCAAGUUAAACACAAUUCAUUUUGGUUACAAACUGUUUGACUUUUUAAAAUCUUCUGAUAUGGUAAAUAUAUGUAUCAAGAUUGAUGUAUCGAAAUUUAUUGCACACUUUAAAGUAUAAAAUCACUUUUUAAAAUCUUGAAUCCACAAAUAAAGUUUAUUCUGAUU